UGGUUCAGAGGAGCAGCAAAAGCUACUACCGGUUAGUGUCUAGGGAGCCUGAGAGGUCGAUUUGACACGCACCCUAACUCUCACUCGCGUGUAGUGACGGGAAGCUGUAGGCUGCUGUGAGCAUGGAUGCUAACAGCAGAGCUCAGAAACUGGAGCUGAUUGAACGGAAUAUUCGGCAUUUUCCUGAUUUUCCAACCAAAGGAAUCGUGUUUAAGGAUAUUUGUCCAAUCGUGAAGGAGCCCAAAGCGCUGACAGCGGUCAUCGAUUUGUUUGAAGAACAUGUCAGACAGAAGUAUCCACAGACUGAACUUAUACUUGGUCUGGAAGCUAGAGGCUUUUUGUUCGGGCCUCUUUUGUCGCAGAGGUUGGGAAUCGGCUUUGUGCCCGUCAGGAAGAAGGGGAAGCUUCCUGGUCCUACCGUGUCUGUUGAAUAUACUCUUGAAUAUGCCAUGGUAAAAUGUGAAUAAGUUCAGCAAAUAAAGUGUGGCUCGAUGAGUGUACAAUGUUCACCACACACUACACAUCUAAGUAACCAAUUAUGUAUUCAUUCUUAAUAGUAGUUUAAUAAAAGUCCCUUCAUUCUUCAAA